AAAAGAGAGAGUAUAAAAAACCCAUAGAUUUCACGCAAACGUUUCAGAAAACAGAUAAACGCGCACGCAAAGUGGCUGAAUAUCAAUGGGGAGAGUGAAUGUGGGUUGGCGAGCGUGCGGGAGGAGCACAAAGCGCUCGUUAUGAAAGUACGGCUAUCGCAAUGAAAAUUUCCCACGUGGGAGGUUCGGUUUUCCACAUUUUCGUCGUUGCGGUCCCGUAAUUUUUAUUUUAUAUGAUUGCGCGUGCGAACGAACCUGCAAACGGGGACCUGCACGAGGAGCAUCGCUCGCGACGUGACGUGCUGCCGGACGGCACACGUGCGGUUCUUGUUCCGCGCGAGUGACGUAACGGCAGCUGCACUAUAGCAGGAAAAAUGGCCGGCGCCGUGUGGGCCGAGGACGAGAUCGGGCGAAAGUGGGACCGUUGCUUCACAGAUGCCAUUCUCAAGUUGGGUGGCGGCGUAGUCCUCGGCGGAGUGUUUUCCCUGCUCUUCUUCAAAAGGAGGAGGUGGCCCAUCAUAACUGGUGCUGGUUUUGGAUUAGGUAUGGCAUAUUCUAACUGUCAAGAGGACAUAAAUGCGUCGAUACGUCAACAGAAAUCUUGUAAACGUGAAGAAAAGAAAUGAUUAAAGUAUAUUGUAAAAACAGAAUUCAGGUUAUUAAGAUAAACGUUAUAAUAAAUUAAUUAAUUAUCAAUAA